AUGAAAUAUAGCGAAGUUUUGAGAUUUUCUGAAGACCUUGUAGUAUUGGCUGAAAUAAUCUUCUAUAGUUGGGGUAUCACAAUUAUUAAGAGAUAGAGGAAACUUCCUCAUUAUUAGUAAUAUAUUUUCUUAGUUUUAUUCUUGGAAGUACAAUUUAAGGGAUUUCCUCAUUCCAACAUAGAUUUUCAAAUUUCACAAAAAUGAUGCUAUUUCAUAUAGGUUAUGCAAUUAAGGGAAUUUCAGUUUGGAGUUCUACACAAGAAAAUAUUUCUAUUUCCUUAAAUGUUCAUCUAAUAAUUCAAUUUCAUUUUUCAAAAGAACAAAGCAUAUAAUAGAAAAGCAUGUCAUAUUAUGCUUUUUUCUUAAUUUGCAUUAAUACAUUUAAUUAUCUCACGGUAACAACAGAUAGCUACUUUAUUUUUUCACUUGAUAUCAUUUUAGUAGUUUUAGAUGCCAAGCAUCUUUCCUUAAUUUUUGAUAAAAGAUGUGGGAGGCCAUAAUACCACUUGCCAAAUAGUACACUUAAUACUACAACUAAUUAAUAAAAACUAGGUUAAACAUUCUAAUUUGAAUUACCUUCAGUAAAAAGCCCAAAUGCACCGGCUAAUUAAUAUGAUCGAUUUUCAACCAAGAAACUAACAUUUAAUACAAAAAUGGAUAUUUUUGAAUGUACUAUAAAGUUGGAGGAUUAUUUUAAAAAAGAAUUUGAGAAUGAUCUCCAGAAAAGAGAUUUUAUUAUUCAAGAAGAAUUUUUUAAAUUAUCAUUGUUAUACAAAUAUAAUGAUAUUACACAUAAAAUAAGAAUAUCAGACUUUCUAUCAGAUUAUUAUGAAGAAUUAUCAAAUAUUUAUUAUUUUUCAAUAGAAGAUAAUGACACAUUUGAUUUUAGAGAUACAGUUUUACUUAUAGAAUAAGUUAAAAAUAGCGAAAGUGAAACACUUAUUUAGUUUUUGUUUUUAGAUGUUCCUUAAAAAUAUUAAAGAAAAUAAGGUAAAGUUAGAAAAUAAUUGUUUUUUGAUAUGUGCAAAUAAUUAUCACAUGAACUUGGAACUAGCUUAAAUUCUUUAAUGACAUUCAGUAAUUUAGCUUUUGAAGAUGAAAUAAUAUCUGAAUAGAUAAAAACAAUGUAUAUAUAUCCAAUUUUAAUAAAUUGUAUUUAAUUUAAUCUUAUUAUUAAUAAUGUCAGAGAUUUUACACAUUUAGGAUUAAAAAUAUUUUAACUUAAAUUAGAAGAGAUGAAAAUUAUUGAAACAGUUGAAUUUAUAAAUGCUUUAUUUGAGGAACCUCUUCAAAGCAAAGGUAUUUAAUUGUCAGUUUAAUAUAAUCUAAAAAAUAGAUUUUUAAUAACAGACAAAGAAAGAUUUGAGUAAAUUUAUUUUUAGUUAUUGUAAAAUGCAGUAAAAUUCACUUUAUCAGGAUAAAUUAGAGUUAAUAUAUAUAACAAUGCUGACCGAUUCAUUUUAUCAAUAGAAGAUACUGGAAUUGGUUUAAGUGAGGAAGAAGAAUUCAAUAUCAAUUUUCUUUUGGAUAAAGAUGAAUUUAUUAAAGUUUCUGAUAAUUCAGUUGGUUCUGGAAUUGGCUUAGUAAUAUCCAACAUGAUUGUAAAAUAAUUAAAUAGAGGAGUUCCUAUAAAAGUGAAAAGAUUAGUGAUAGGAACUUAAUUUUUUUUUGAGUUACCUAAUGAUAUUUAAGAAAAUUAUUUUUCUAAUUAAAAAGCAAUCUUAGAAUUUCCUUUAGGAAUAUAAUCUAUUAAAUUACUUUCAUAAAAUUCUUAUAUUGAAGGACCAUUAGGAUAAUAAUCUCAUAGCAUAUCUUAAAAUUUAUCUUCUCAAAAGAUUUCAUUCAAGAAAAAGAGAAAAGAAACAAAAUCUUUUUCUGUUGUUCAUCAUUUUGAAGAUGAAAUAGAAAGUGAAAUUUUGAGUGAGUCUCAUAAAAAUAAGAUUCAUUUUUUACCAUCUUUUCAAACUAGAUAAAAAAAAGAUAUGUUAGAGUAUUGUUUAUAAAGUGAAUGUUGUUCAAGAGCUUUAAUUGUUGAUGAUGAAUAUUACAAUAUAAGAUGUCUAAAAUUAAUUAUGUAAAAAUAUGGAGUAAAUUGUGAUCAUGCAUUUAAUGGUUAAGAUAGUAUUAAUUAAAUUAACUUGAAAAAGGAAAACCCAUGCAAACAUUGCAAUAAUUAGCAUUAUCUAUUAAUAUUUCUAGAUAUUAAUAUGCCUAUUAUGGAUGGAUUUCAGACUAUCAAAAUAAUAAAAACUUAAAUGUAAUCAGAAGAAAUCAAAAAGGUUUAUUGUAUUGCUACAACUGGAUUAUGUGAUCUACAAACAAAACAAAAAUGCUAUGAAAAUGGAAUGGAUUAUUUUAUGACCAAACCUCUAAAUUAAAGUUUGCUUAAAGAAAUUCUUUUCACAUUUUUUCCUACACUAGAAAUUAAAGUUAAGUCAAACUCUUCUAAAUGA